UGUCCAGGCUCCGAGCAUUGAGAUGUCCAAGCCUUCCUGUGCCAGGUGUCCGCGCUCACUAGCGUAAUGCAGACGGCGUUCGCCGUGUGGGUCUGUGACUGCUUCUGGUGGGGCACGAGGGAUUUCGUGCCAGAUGGCUGGACGUUCUGCUCGAACGUGAUGUCGAGGGUGCACAUGCCUUUGUCUCGCGGAUCUUGUGUGACUGGAAUCACCUUGCCUUGGAUAGUGAGGUGCGAAGUGCUCUCUUCGACGACGCAGCGCAAUCCCUUCUUCAGGAGGGAGGUGGGCGAAAAAAUGUUGCGAUCAAGUCCCGGAACGAUGAGUCCCUGAAUCCGCACGCGCAAUUGCUGUCCUCGAUUGUCCUUGACGGUGCAGUAUAGGAUGCCCGUGGCCAGUUUCGCUGGGUGUAAUCGUGGAGGUUUCCGUCGGGGAUGAGGCGAUUGUCAAACAUGGUCUCCGAUGCUCCCGUGUCUACCAGCAGGCCUACCCCGGUGGAGCUCGCGGCGAAGUUGCGUCCUGAGAUGCGGGAACACGUGCCGAACAUGAAGCCGCUGUCAAAGGCGUCCUCGUCCCGGGUGAAGUCGACAACUGCCACUUCAUUGUUUGAGUCGUGCUUGUUGGACGCCGACGAGCAGUGAGUACAGUUGGAGCACGCGAUGAAUGCCUUACUUGAGUCCUUGGUGUCUUCCGGGAGCUUUCCUCCUUGCUGGCAGCAUUCCUCGUCCGAGUGACACGUGGUGUUGUGCUUGGAGCACCACUUGGUAGCUCCGGCGGGCUUCGUUUUCUUCUUCGCCCUGUUCUUGAUCUUGGGGCAUUUCCUCCUGAUGUGCCCCGGCUCGUAGCAGCUGUGGCAGAUGAUGUCAGACGCGGUCGUUGCCAUGGCAAAUCCUCGACCAGCUAUGCGUCCCUUCCAUCCCUUGCGCGAUUGUUCGUCCAAGAAGAUGUUGCGCAUGGUGGAUUGCAUGUCCAGGACGUUGAAGGUUGGGUCUCUGAACACCAUCAGUUUGACGUCCUUGUAUUCGUCGGAGAAGCCCUGUACGCAGAUGUCCUUGAAGCGGCGGUCGGAGAUGGGUUCUCCGAUCUUGUCCAGCUGGGCGCGAAGUAGGUGCUUCUGGUUGCAGUAGUCGGGAUUUUCACCAGGGUUCAUGGAGUUGUUCUCCAGCCCCUCCAUCUUAGCCCUGAUGACCUCGUCCGUUACCCUGUCAUAGUUGUUGCAGAGCUCCUCGAAGGCAGCUUGUCCGUCGCCGCUGAUGCCAGUGUCGUCUUCGUGCUUCUGUAUCGACAAGGCGGCUGGAAGUUGCACUAGGAGGAAAAGAAUGGCGUAGAGAUCUUCGUCUGCCCUUGUGUAGGAGUCGAAGGCCGCUGUGUCUGCGGGAUCUGGCUUCCUUUGUUUCUUCAGCAGUGGCAGGAUGUCUUUCCUGGUCACACCACCGCGCAGAAUUUCUUCAUCCAUGUCUUGAACUCAGCUGGGUCCUUUCCGUCGAAUUUCUUGAGGCCUUUGAUCACGGUUGCCAGGUUCGUAGAACUAUCGCUGGCGAACGCGCUUCCACCUCCUGUGUUGCUCGUUGCAGUAUCCAUUGCUCGUUCCAGCUUUAUUUUCUUCGUCUUGAUAAAAGUACUUCCUGCUGUAGGAGUAAGUUUGCUCGUGGUACUACUGCCUGUA